AUGGCAACUCGAAGACACGAUAGUGAAGGUCUCAUUCCUGUUGAGCACCACCACACCAGCCCACCUGUUAGCCCGAUACCCAGUCCUCUAGUAGCUGGAUCCUCCCAUCAACCUCAAGAUACCAUGGCGCCAAUUAGCCCCGAGCCUACUGGCAUCACUCCCUUGUCUCCCUCCCCAGAACAAUCAGGCACUCUGCUGCCCACCUAUGAAAAGUCACGACAUGAUCACGACGCGCCUAUUCCCGUCCACAAUUCCCCCACCGCCCCCGAAAAAGCAUAUAAUGGCCAGCCGGUCGAGCAAGCCCAAGGGAGCUAUUUCAACCAAGCUCCCGCUCAUCCUUCCGAUGUAAAGGCGUACUCAGGCCAGCCAGGCCCCCAGCAGAUGCAACAAAAUCCUCAGCAGCAAAUGUACUAUACUCCCUAUGGCCACCCUAGUGGAUAUGCGACCGCGGUCCCCUUGCAUGCGCUUCAGUCCGCGCCGUGCCCGGUGGACUGCCCCGCCUGUGGUCGCCGAGAGAUGACUCGAGUGGAGCCGGUGACUGGGAUGACUACACAUGGAUGGGCUGCCGUUCUAUGCUUCUGCUGCUGCCUCGGAUGUAUCCCAUACUUGAUGUCUUCACUCAAGGAUGUCGACCACUACUGCGGCGCUUGCGGUACUAAGCUUGCCUGUUGGCAUAAUAGCGGGCGCAUUCAAGUCUUCCAGAUUGCAGCAGGACACCCUGCUCAACAGGCUGCUCAGAAUGGUCCCCAGUCCCCACCAGCGCAGCCCCAGCCAGCUCCCCCAAUGCACCAGUAUGCUUGA